AUGUCCCGCAUCCUCCGACCUGCAGCUCGCCUGGCUGCUUCGACGCGCGCAAUUGCCCCCCGAGCACCUGUGACCCAGCCCAUUGCACAGAUCUCGCGCGCCGCCCUCACCCGAAAUGCCUACUUUGGAGCUGCCCAGACCCGAGCCUACGCCGAGGGCUCAGGGGUUAAGGAGUACACCGUCCGAGACGCCCUCAACGAGGCUCUUGCUGAGGAGCUCGAGUCCAACCCCAAGACCUUCAUCCUGGGAGAGGAGGUUGCCCAGUACAACGGCGCAUACAAGGUCACCAAGGGACUGCUAGAUCGCUUCGGCGACAAGCGAGUGAUUGAUACCCCGAUCACGGAGAGCGGAUUCUGUGGUCUGGCCGUUGGUGCCGCUCUGAGCGGUCUGCACCCCAUCUGUGAAUUCAUGACCUUCAACUUUGCCAUGCAAGCUAUCGACCAGAUUGUCAACUCCGCUGCCAAGACCCUCUACAUGUCCGGUGGUAUCCAGCCCUGCAACAUCACCUUCCGUGGCCCCAACGGCUUCGCCGCCGGUGUUGCUGCCCAGCAUUCGCAGGACUACUCUGCCUGGUAUGGCAGCAUCCCCGGUCUCAAGGUCGUCUCGCCAUGGAGCGCUGAGGAUGCCAAGGGUCUUCUCAAGGCCGCCAUCCGCGACCCUAACCCUGUCGUUGUCCUCGAGAACGAGCUGAUGUACGGCCAGUCCUUCCCCAUGUCCGAGGCUGCCCAGAAGGACGACUUCGUCAUCCCUUUCGGUAAGGCCAAGAUUGAGCGCUCCGGCAAGGACAUCACCAUGGUUUCCCUGUCCCGUUGCGUUGGCCAGACUCUGGUCGCUGCUGAGAACCUGAAGAAGCAAUACGGCGUCGAGGCCGAGGUCAUCAACCUGCGAUCCAUCAAGCCCCUUGACCUGAACACCAUUGUUGAGUCGGUCAAGAAGACCCACCGCCUUGUCGUCGUCGAGUCCGGCUACCCUGCCUUCGGUGUCUCUGCUGAGAUUCUUGCUCUGACCAUGGAGUACGCCUUCGACUAUCUUGAUGCUCCUGCUCAGCGUAUCACUGGUGCCGAUGUCCCUACUCCCUACGCCCAGGGGCUGGAGGAGAUGAGCUUCCCCACCGAGAAGUUGAUCGAGGACUACACCGCCAAGCUCCUCAAGCUGUAG